ACUUAGUAAGCGCAUUGCUUUCCAUGCCCCCUCCAUGAUGCAGAGCGCUCUGUGGCCUUAAUCGAUGACGGAGUCUCCCAGAUUUGAAUACAUGACAGGAUCCACUGACUACAGGCUAGACUCCUUUAUCCGAAAUUCUCGUGCCGAGUCUGUUUCCGAUUGUAUAGCCUUGUGAAGGCAUAUAAGAACCUCUGGACCAGGAAAGCUGUUUCGGUUUCCUGAGUUAUCAACUGGACUUUUCACUCAAUCGCCCAUCGAAAUUUAUCAAAAUACUCUACGCACUCUUUGCUGUUGCUGUCGCCGUUGCUGUUGUCCUGCUUGGAAUGCUAGACAACCGCAUGAUCAUGAAACUUGCUAGCUUACUCGGUCUCAACUCUGCCUCGGAUGCGCCACAGUCGGCAUCUGUGGCGCGUCGGGCUCGGCCCGCUACCCAAUACUCAGCGCCUUCGAAGCAUGUACCAAGCUUGCAGCUGCCUUCACCUGAUAAGCGGGAUGACGGAGAACCAGAAGCUUACUAUCCUCCGCUCACCGCUCCGCCAGAACCUGUGGGGUCAUCAGUGGCGCCUUUUCAAAGAAGGGGACGGAUUUUGUUUUACGAUAAAAAUGAACCUUACUACGAAUUCACGAAUUUCUCGUCACAUGACGUCGUCUACGCUGGGAAGAGAUACCCAACCAGCGAACAUCUCUUCCAAUCUUUCAAAUUUUUAGAUUCCCAGCCAGCCAUCGCGGAGCACAUCCGCAAGUGUGGGGACAGGCCAAGCGCUGUGUUCGAUGAAGCUCAUCGUCACCAGAAAUGGGUUCGAUCCGAUUGGAGACAAGUAAACGUUGAGAAGAUGGAAGUCACACUUCGGCUCAAGUUCACUCAGCAUUCUGAUCUAAAGGCCUUGCUCCUUGGCACCGGUAGUGCUGAGCUGAUCGAGGACUCCCCAAAGGACUACUUUUGGGGGAUAGGUGCUGAUGGCUCUGGACGCAACGAGCUGGGGAAAGCGCUUGAGAGAGUGCGCGAUGAGCUUCGGCACGACGACAAACCAAACAGAGUGCCCGCAGUCAGACGUGACACAUCCCGAUUUUCGUUACAAGACUUGACGUCGCUGGUUGCAGCGGCAGCACCCCAACUUCCAAUCCAACGCCACUCCGUUGUUUCCGCAGGCAUGACGUUCAGCCCGCAAUCAGCAUCAGCGCCUCAAACUCUACAGCAACGUUUCUCCGUUGUUCCUGCAGGCAUGGCAGUCAGCCCUCAGUCGCCGUCCACUCCCCAUGACACCGGGCUAUGCGAGUUUUGCCACCAGAAACCGAAAUAUCAACACCAUCCUUACUGUGGAAGGACGUGUGCUACACAAGCAGCGGCAAUGUGUAACCACUGUCGCAACAAACCAAAGUAUGGCAAGCAUCCUUACUGUUCAAGGACCUGCGCCGUGCUUGCUGGGAAGGCAGCCUAGGUUCAAAAAACUUCCCGCGAUUGGAUAAUUCGUGUACUGUAAGAUUAUACCUGGUUGUUUACGAGCGUAUUUACUAUCUAUCACCGUUUCUCUAUGUCUACAUCCACCAAACCAAGCUAGGUGUUGAUGUGGUCAAUUUGAGUGGCAUGGAGAUUCUCUACCUACCACGAACUACCCAUUUCUGCCAAACUCAUUUCGUUAUGAUAAGAACAAAGUCGGAAUAUUGCACAGCGCAGAUCGAUGAAUUGAACCAGAGUCAGAUAUU